AUGGCCGAAAUCUAUAAUACUGACCGCUUCGCGGAGCUCUAUUACCCGUCCAACAUGGCCGAAAUCAUGCAGCUCGGUCUCGCUGGUAGAUUCAUAGCGACUCUUUUUGAAGAGCGCCAGAUCACGUAUGCAUUCAUUGGAGGGUGGGCUGUCUACUUAAGGGGCGGAAGCCGUACGACUCGCGAUAUCGAUAUCUCCGUAACGACCACCAUGGACCAUCUGAGGGAGAUCCUAAUGGCACAACCCCGAAUACAUUUCCCGGCGGUACACGGCCGAACCUCAGUCCAGAUAUUCAUUGAUGUCGGGCAUAGCUUUGACACGGACUUCCCCCAUAUUCCCGACCUGGCGGUUAGUAUGGACGUGGUGAUUAGUGGGAACCUGGGAACGCCUGUUGAUCUCGGAUCCUCGCGUGAAUCCAUCAGGCCUGUUUGGCCCACGCCUCAGGGCUCGCCUGUCUUGGUGCUUGGACUCUUCUUCCAGAUCUACGCGAAGCUCGACGCAUUCUCCAAACGUGGCGGAGAAGGCAGCAACGACUUCCUAGACCUGGAAUUCUUAUUCUCGACAUAUGCGACACAGAUACCCAGUCUACGAGACUAUUACGAUUUGGAGCAGCGGAGGUACUUUUGGAGACAUUAUGCCACGACAUACAUGGCCUUCCCAGAGCAGGUGGAAAAUAUGAAGACACUGCUUGGUGUUUGA